CCGCCGCCGCCGCCGCCGCGCCCCGCCGCGCCCCCGCGGCGCGCUGACCGCCGCCUCUCCUCCCCCUGCCGCCGCCUCUUCCUCCUCCUCCUCCUCCUCCUCCGCGGCCCGGCGACGAGCGAGGCCGUAGCGCCGCCGCCGCACACGCUCCCGCGCCGUCGGGCCCGGCGCGGCCGCGGCCUCCCCCGCCAUGUGAAGCGCAGGAAGAUGCGGAGGCGCAGCCCGGCCGCCCGCGGCGAGGGAUGAGCCUGGACGGGGAGAAGAUGACCGAGGACGCCUACCCGGACGAUGACAGCUAUAUUGUGCGAGUCAAAGCCGUGGUUAUGACCCGAGAUGACUCCAGCGGGGGAUGGUUGCCGCAAGAAGGAGGCGGUCUCAGUAGAGUUGGCGUCUGCAAGGUCACAUACCCGGAGGGCAAUGGAAGAAGUGGAUUUCUAAUCCAUGGUGAAAGGCAGAAAGACAAACUGGUGGUGCUGGAGUGCUUCGUCAAGAAGGACCUGGUGUACACGAAGGCGAACCCCACCUUCCACCACUGGAAAGUGGACAACAGGAAGUUCGGGCUGACUUUCCAAAGCCCCGCCGACGCGCGGGCCUUCGACAGGGGAGUGAGGAAGGCCAUCGAAGACCUCAUCGAAGGAUCUACUACUUCCUCGUCAACACUUCACAACGAGGCUGAGGUUGGCGAUGACGAUGUCUUCACAUAUGCUACAGAUAGUUCCUCGAACUCCUCCCAAAAAAGGGAACAGCCUGUGCGAACGCUAGCUUCUCCGACAUCCUGCGAACAUCGAAGAAUUUGCACUCGUAGCCACCUUCACGACCAUUAUAGCUCUGACCACUACCAUCUCGAACAAUCAGUACCACGAUCCUACCGGCACGUCAGCUUUCCGGAUGACGACGAGGAGAUUGUGCGCAUCAAUCCUCGGGAAAAGAUUUGGAUGACCGGCUACGAGGACUAUCGCCAUGCCCCAGCACGAGGAAAGAACUUCGAUCCUGACGACAUGGACUCCUACGUACGUUUUGCCAAAAGCGAGGCCUCCAAACACGAAUACACUUACCCUUACAUAGACAACUCGGACUUUGACCUGGGCGAAGACAUCAAGGGUGCUGUGAUAAAGACUCAACCUGUCAAAUUCAAACCCAGGCGGAAGGAAGACGGCGAGCGAUCGCGCUGCGUGUACUGCAGGGACAUGUUCAACCACGAGGAGAACAAGCGGGGCCAAUGCCAGGAUGCUCCGGACCGCGUCAAGACUUGCAUCCAUCGAGUGAGCUGCAUGUGGUGCGCGGACACUAUGCUCUAUCACUGUAUGUCCGACCCGGAAGGAGACUACACGGAUCCUUGCUCGUGCGACACCAGUGAUGAAAUGUUUUGCCUCCGGUGGAUGGCCCUUAUCGCCUUGUCUUUCAUCGCUCCAUGUAUGUGCUGUUACUUGCCGCUUCGGGCUUGUUACCACUGUGGGGUCAUGUGCAGGUGCUGUGGUGGAAAACACAAAGCUGCUGGAUGACUACGGAUGAGUCGCAAGCGUUACGUUUUUCCUGUAGUUCAAGGAACACGUUGGUUUGGGAGCACCGAGAUCACUCACUUUGAUGCAGCCACUGUGCCCAACAGCAUCCAGAAACCGCCGGAUUGGAUCACUUUACCUUUGGUCGCCGGGGGCUCACAACUGCAUUGAUUUGCUCAUCAAGUGUUCUAACUAACUAAUCUACAGCAUAGACUUUUGUAUUAUUAAUCUGUAAUCGAACAGACUGUCUUGUACAUGUUUAUAUUAUUAUUUUUUUUCCAGUUAAAAUGAGUUUGAGGAAAGAACUGCUUGCAAUGGUGGUGGAUUGUAGAACAUCUCCAGGUUGUGUCCGUCUUGCCUCCGCCUGUGCAGUACCAUCGCCGUGUCAGCGAGCUCGGCACCUCUAGAAACGGGGUGGUAUUGCAGAACGAAACCGCACUUGGAAGAUAUUGUAACUUGCAGCCAAGUUACUGUGUGUAUAGAAGGUGUGCUAGUAACAAACUUGUACCACAACACAGUAUUUCUGUCACCGAUUUUCUUUCCUUUUUUUUUUUUGUCCCAUUUUCAAGCCAAAAUAGCCAUCUAAGCUGCAGUUUCUCUUUUAAAGUCCAUCAUCAUUUCCUUCAGCAAACAUCUUAAAUUAUUUCUCUGUUCUUAAACAGAAAGCAAGGCUUAGUUACCGUAGUCAUGUAACCAUUGAGAAUCUGGUAGUUCUCCUUACCUGUAAUCAUUUCAGACCACUACUUGAAAGGGAAGCUUAAAUUUUAGGGUGUUUUUCCCUAAAUAACGUUGGAAAAAAAUAAAACUGUAUUUCCGGAGUUCUGCCAAAAGGAGGGGAACUUCUUCAUUAGCCAGCCAUGUAACGAUCUGAGAAUAAAACACUAAGAUUGUAGAGGAGCAGAAUUGUCGUGACGCGAGGAAUGAUUCACCAAUGCAACUUCAAGAGCACUGUUUUAAUCCAUGGCAGUUCUGGGGCAAAGCUGCAGUAAGUGGUGGGUUGUAAGGAAAAGAGUAUUUGUUUGUGUCUUCUGUGUAGCACACGAGCGUGAGAACACGCGUUGCAGCGGGAACUACAUUUCGCGUUUCUAAGCAGGUAUUUAAAAUGAAGAGCCAGGAUGCUAACCACCGCUUUAAUUCCCUGAUUUACGGUCCCAGUCCUCCAGAUGCCUACGCGUGUCCCAACUUCAUGCGUGUGUGACCGCCCUCUCUGUGAUCCUACGAGUCGGAUUAAGGUGUGAGUCUUUGCAGGAACCAGAGCGAAGCGUUGCCCUCGCUUCCCCCUCCCCAGUUCACCAACCAGCUUGAUCAGGUGGAUGCCUAAGGUGCAUACAGCAGGAGAAGAAUACUUUAAUUUUUUUUGUUAAUGUCAUGUCGUCUUGUGUACAAGGCUUGUAAUUAGCUGGAAAAAGAGUAUUUUUCUAAUAUAUUACAAGGAAUAGCCAAAUAAUUUUUAUUAAAAAAAAUGAUUUAGCGCAGUGAGCUCUAACUAGCAUAGUACAAUCCGAAUCCUUUGAGGCAGCUAGGGAUUGGCUUGUCCACGCUGGCACUGCUGUUUCUGCCAUAAUUUCUGUCUGCAGUAAAUUGCCAGUGGGCGCAUGUCCUUUCCCUCCCUCUAUUGCACAUUGACAUCAGUCUUAAAAGAGAGGAUUUUUUUUUUUUUUUUCCAAAUAAGUGUAAGGAGCGCUUGCCAUUUGUUCGUGGUGGAACGUCCCGGCAGUUCCUCCGAGAGUUAAUCACCGCUUUUUAGUAAACCAUGAAUUAAGUAUGCAACGUGCUUAUACACUAUAGGGUUUGGUAGGCUUAAUUUGUAGCAGUUGCUGGGGGUUUUUUUGGUUGGGAAAAAAAAAAAAGGAAUGAUAAUGGAAAAGGGAUGGAGUGUUACACUCUCGGCGAUGUGUCUGGGUUUGCUGAAUGAAAUACAAAUAUUUUGUGCCUAAUAGCAGUUGACAAAUCUCUCAAUGGUGUCUAGUAAACAUCAAGCCAGCCUCAAGAAAAUGUAAUGGAACAACCUUUUCCUUUCAUUUCUGUUCUCAAAGUUGUUUCAUGUAAACAAAUGUCUGUAAGAUCUUCUCUCUAUAAAGCACAACACUACAAAAAGGUCUUACAGCUUUUUGUCCGGUCUUGAAGUGCCCCUAUUUAUUUAAGUAAAGUAGACAUACUCCAAGCCUUUCUGUAUGUCUGAAAAUGAAAAUUUUUUUAAAAGCCCUCUUUUUUCCUCCUUCUUCCUCCCUCUUCCCCUCUUGGGUUUUUGUAAUACUUGUAGAUUUUGCUGCGCGUGCUAUUUGGUUUGUGAAGGCAGUGGUGUAAGGGCACAAUGAUAGAAAUGGGUGUUUUCUGUAAAUAUUUCUCCUUAAUUUCCACACUGCUGCUGAACAGUGCGUAGUGUUCUCCCGGUCAGCUUUGCAAUACUGACAUCAAUCAUUUGAGAGAAAUUAUUCAGAUUUUAUUUUUGUAUCUGUGGUAACAAAACAUUAACCAAUUUUUUUUUUUUCUGUUGUGGAAAAUUUUUUUCAAGCUAUUGCUCACAUUAACAAAUUAAAGUGCCUGAAGCCUCAUCAUUAUUGUAUCUAUAUACUAAAAGUUAAAACCCUGUUGUAUUGAUUUUUAUAAGCCUUUUUACCUCUGUGUAAAAAAAAUAUAUAUACAAGUGUAUGAUGUACAUUUUAGUUCUUAACUUCUUUUUUUAUUGUUUCUAAUAUGUAUGAUCAGUGUAGCUAUUGCUUUACAAAUGUACCAUGUAAAUACAAAUACAUCAUAUCGAAACGA